AUUUCGAUUCUUCAAAAUAGGAAAAUGUUGUAGAGAUAUUAAACAAUAGACGUGCAUAUGAAAUGUUUGUGUACCUAAAUGAGGAACAUUUAGAAAAGGAGGUUUAUACAGAACGCAGUGACCUUCUACUAGCACCUGGAACAAGAGUACGCAGAGGUCCAAACUGGCAUUACGACAAUCAGGACUCUAAUGGUCCUGGAACAGUUACGGGACACUGGCAAAGAGAUGGAUGGAUAUACGUUGAAUGGGACACGGGAAUGAGAUUUCCUUAUGAAUAUAUUGAAGACAGUCAAGAGGUUAAUGUAAUUAUUCCUUGCGACCAGCCCCGAAUACUCCAAAGAGAAAACAUUGCUGUAGGGUGUCUCGUUAAAAGAGGACCAGAUUGGAAAUGGGAAGAUCAAGAUGGCGGGGAGGGCAAUAUUGGAGCUGUUUAUAGAGUCAAAGAGGACACAGUCUAUGUACGCUGGCCAAAUGGAAACAAAAGCAAUUACAGAUUUGGUUAUGGCGGAAAAUAUGACCUUGUUUUCUGUGAUCCUUUUGAUGAAUGCCUAGUAAUCUCGCAAAAAUCCAAUUUUAUGUCAACAUGCACCAGUGGGAACAAGAAAGGAAGAACAUUGUUUGAAACAAGAGAGCCCAGUUUUAAGGAAACGGGAGGGGUGAUAGAUUUAGAAAAAUCUCAUCAAAAUGACUUAAACCCAGAAAGUUACGAGGAACAAGAAGGGGCAAUUUUGUGGCAAUGGAAAAAUGAGCUAGGCAGAUGGAAGAAUUUUCCGAAGACAGAAUAUCAGAAAAUCGAAAAAUCAUUUGCUAAGAAUUCGAAAUCAACCAUACUCUUGGCAAUAGACGAACUUAUGUUUAGACUGGUUUUGUCGAAAAUGAAGCUGAUAAACAUAUCGUCAAGAGAGACAUAUGACGUGAGACGCUUUGAAAACAGUUAAAAUCGAGCUACACCUUAAUUUAGUUUUUAAAAAACA